CCUAAAACUAUAACCAACAACAGGGGGAAAAAAAGAUACCCGGAUUCCAAGGAUCUCACGAUGGUGCUGAAAACCUAUGACACCAGCUUCCUGGACUUUCUCAGAAGGUGUUUGGUAUGGGAACCUUCUCUUCGUAUGACCCCUGAUCAGGCCCUCAAGCAUGCUUGGAUUCAUGAGCCACGGAACCUCAAACCACGGCCCAGGCCCCAGUCCCUGAGGAAACCCAAUGUCUCUCUUCCUUCUGAGAUAAGCAAGAACAAGGUUCAAGAGUAUCAUCACUCAACCAAAACAGAUGAGACCACCAAAGAGACUGCAGACAAAAUAAAAGAUGGUGCCACUAAGAAUGUUCAGAAUUCAGCUGAUCAGCAGGACUCUGUCCAGCACACUACUGAGACUGUCCAGCUGCCUCCUCUAGUAGAAGCUCCCAGAACGCCAGAGGCUGUUACUGAACCAGAGGUGGCCAAACCCUCCACAGAACAAAGUGGCCCAAGCUCCUCCUCUACUUCAUCCUGAUGACUGAAGACUCAUCCCAGAAGUUAAGAUGACUACCAACAUCCAGUCAAAAGAUAGUCUUCCUUGCUGGCAGGGAAGUCUCAAAAAUGACUGUAUCUCAACUGUAUCUGAGAGACUGUGGUCCUCUGUGGUUCUCACCUGGAUUAUAAGCCCACCUUGUAGUUGUGUUGAAAAUGCCAUGACUGUUGCUUCUCUAGGAAGGAGUAGGGGAUAAAGUGCUUCCCGAAGGAGGGAAGUUGAUUUCAUAAGCAGG